AUGACCUUUCCACGUUGCCUCGACUGCUCCCCCCGGUCGCGAGUCUUCUAUCUUUGUCUAGCCGCCGGCCUCCUGCUUCUCUCCUACCAAUUAAUCCUCAACCAUGAAGUAUUUGACCUAGAUGGCUGGUCCAUGGGCAUUUUAGAGUCCCACGAUCGCUUUGUUCCUGAUGCCAUUUCCGAGAAGGAGUUGGUCUUUGCAGCACUGACGGCGAGUAAUAUGUCGUGGGUGGAGGAGAAUCUGUCGGAUUGGACGGUGAAUAUCUAUCGCGCCGAUGCUGGGGAGGGUUUGACCGUUCCGGUGAAUAAAGGGAAUGAGGCGAUGGUGUAUCUCACAUACAUCAUCGACCGUUACUGGACUCUGCCCCAGACCUCCGUCUUCCUUCAUGGCGGUCGAUACCAAUGGCACGUCGAUAAUCCCCUCUAUGACUCGGUCAUCUCCAUUCAGCACCUCCAGCACGCUUUUGUCCAAGAAGCCGGAUAUGUCAAUCUACGCUGCACAUGGACGGUCGGAUGUCCGCAGGAACUCGAGCCUGCCCGCUAUCUUCGUGAACGACCCGACGACCACAGCCAUCCCACUGCGGUGGAAUACCCCGAUCGCUUCAUGGAGUUGUUUCCGCGCGCCGAGGUGCCCGAAGUCGUGGGGACGCCGUGUUGUAGUCAGUUUGCCCUGAGCAAGGACAAAAUCCAUGAGCGGAGUCUGGAGGACUAUGUUCGUCUGCAGCGGUGGGUGAUGGAGACGGAUUUGGACUCGGGCACGAGUGGGCGCAUUCUGGAGUAUUCGUGGCAUAUGAUCUUUGGGAAACCAGCGCAGUAUUGUCUGGAUCAGAAGGAGUGUUAUUGUCGUACGUAUGGAUAUUGUAAUAUGACCGACGAGCAGAUGCAGAACCAAUGGGUGUGGCGUGGCCUGGUGCUACCGCAGGGAUGGCCUGAGAUUGAUAUCAUGCAUGUAUAG